UGGAAAGUGCUGAGCCAUUCGCCUCUGUUAUUCUACACAGCAGUGUGUGAUGGGCACAAGACACAAACUGGCUGAUAUGACACAUGAACUGGUGGUAACAAGACAUCAUAUUCCUGAGAAAUUACACAGAGGAGCCUUUCCCCAUCCAGCCAUAUGAGACAUUCAUCCUCAAUACAGAGUGAAACCUUCAAGACAGGCUGAACCUUUCAGCACAGCCUGACAUAAAAUGCUUCAGUCAGACUUUGGAUACACUAAACUGCGAUGGUUAUUAACCAUUCUUGGACUGCUCUUGUAUGUGGUGGACAUUGGGACAGAUGUUGGACUUGCACUGCAGUAUUUACUGGACAAACAAUUUGUCUGGGCUGGACUGACUCUUGUGUUUGUUCUGGCUGGACUGGUGACGACACAGAUUUUCAGCUAUGCCUGGUAUUGGGAUGAUAUGAAUAAUGUCCUGGUGAACCCUGAGGGUAAUCCAACCGUAUUAGGAAUAUCCAAAUGUGGACUUGCUGCUGUCCAUCUGUUUGGAAUGGGCAUCUUUUCCAGGUAUUACCAUCUACUGAAAAAGGGCUACCAUGUGAUUUGGCCUGCAAAGUCUUCCUAUACAGUGGAGCAGACGCGGGAUGCGCAUCAGAAUCUGUUUGUCCUGGCGACUGAUCUUAGCAUGCUCAAACUCUUUGAAACAUUCAUGGAAGGUGUUCCUCAGCUCCUUCUACAGCUGUACAUCAUCCUGGGCCACGACAACAGCUCAAUCUUGCAGUGUGUUUGUAUGGCAUUCUCCUUCUUCAACAUCGCCUGGUCACUGGUGGACUUCCGCCGCUGCCUGCGCAGGUCCCUGCCCAGUCUCAGGGAGAUGCCCUCUGGCCUGCCCACCGCAGUCUACCUCCUCUACAAACUCUUCACCAUCACCCCGCACAUCCUCAGCUACACUCUGCUCCUCGUGCUCAGCACCUACACCUCUGUAGCCCUCGCCUUCCUCUGGCUGCUGGGCACAACCUGGGCCCAUUUGAUUCAGACUAACUUCUGCUCAUGCAGGGGCCUCGAGUGGCUCUACAGGGCAGUCAUAGGAGUCAUUCUCACUUUCACCUUUUUCAACAUCAAAGGACAGGACACUAAAGUAGUUAUGAGCAUCUACUAUUUCUUUUAUUCCCUCAUAAACUUCAUGGCUCCAAUCCUGCUGGCUUUGCUAAAGCCCGAGACACAGACAACAACCUAUUUGUUGCCAGUUGCUUUUGUGAUCUUUGCUGGUACAGUGCUGGGGCUGGUCUUCCUCAUGGUGUACUAUAUCUGCUUACACCCCAGAGGGAAGUGGCGAGAAGCAGAUGAGGUGGACGGACUGGAAAAGGAACCAGAGACCAUGUUGAGAAUAAAGAGCUUCUUGCAACCUUAAUGAAGUUUCUAUCAGUUUACACUAGGUUAUCAGAGUGCAGAGAGGACCAUAAACAGCACUUCCUCAGUCAAAUCUGUCUGACAUUAAAACUGACGGUGGAGCAAGCAGUAUGUCCUAAUAGCUUGAUAAUGUUAUCACUACAUAAUUAAUCUGCUGUCAGUUAUCUUACCGUACAUCUGAGGUGAAGCUUGUUUUCUCACCACUGACACAAAGUACAGAUUCAGUGCAAUACAGCUGACCUAUAUAAAUAAUUUCAAUAUGUAAAUAGUUUUAUUUAUUCUUGUUUCAAUAAACAUAUAUAU